UCUCUGAGCAAAUGGCGACUACUUCACUACUCUCCGCUGUGUCAAGAAGGCUUGAUGGAAAAGUGGUUUUGAUAACUGGAGGAGCCAGUGGAAUUGGAGAAUCCGCAGCCAAAUUGUUUGCUCAUCAUGGAGCCAAAGUAGUCAUAGCAGACAUCCAAGACAAUCUCGGCCAUUCGGUCUGCGAAUCCAUCGGCCAAACAAACUCCAAAUACGUCCAUUGCGAUGUCACAGAUGAAUCCCAAGUGAAAAAUGCCGUGGACGAAGCUAUUAAGACCUAUGGAAAGCUAGACAUAAUGUUCAACAACGCAGGCAUAAUUGACAAGAGCAGCCCUAGAAUCACCGAAAACGAGAAGGCCGUUUUCGAGCACGUGCUGAGCGUAAACGUGACCGGGGUCUUCCUAGGCAUAAAACACGCCGCUCGGGUGAUGAUCCCGGCGAGAAGUGGCUGCAUCAUUUCAACCGCCAGCCUGAGCUCUUGCAUUGGCGGCACAGCCUCACACGCCUAUACCUGCGCAAAGCACGCGGUGUUAGGCCUUACGAAAAACGCAGCCGUUGAGUUGGGACAAUUCGGAAUCAGAGUGAAUUGCGUGUCGCCGUUCGGAGUAGCGACACCUAUGGCGAUAAAAUAUGCCGGAAGUAGCGCGGAAGACCUCGAGAAUGGGAUGAGUUUUCUGGCCAAUCUAAAGAAUGUGACGCUCAAAGCAGAGGAUGUUGCAAAUGCAGCUCUCUUUAUAUCUAGUGACGAGGGAAGGUACAUAAGUGGGCAUAACCUUCUCAUAGAUGGGGGUUUCGCCAUCGCUAAUCCUUCUUUCAACAUGUUUCAGUACCCUGAGAAUUGAUUAUGAUCUCAUUGA